AAUUUACUUCAUUUCCGCUGAAUAUCUUUGCUCAAACAGCUGCAUCGCACGGGGUAUUCAAAAGCAAUAAACAACGAUUUAUCACAGUUUGGCAUUCCCAUUAAACAGACAGGGUCUGCAGUCAACACAAAUAUGUCGCACACAAUUUUGCUUGUCCAGCCGACUAAGAGACCCGAGGGCCGCACAUAUGCUGACUAUGAGUCAGUGAAUGAAUGCAUGGAAGGUGUGUGCAAAAUGUAUGAAGAGCAUCUGAAGAGGAUGAAUCCAAACAGUCCCUCUAUCACUUACGACAUUAGUCAGUUGUUUGACUUUAUCGACGACUUGGCAGAUCUUAGCUGUCUUGUGUACAGGGCUGAUACCCAAACUUACCAGCCAUACAACAAAGACUGGAUCAAGGAGAAGAUAUAUGUCCUGCUGCGGCGUCAGGCUCAGCAGGCAGCAAAGUAAAGGCAAGAGUAACCAGUUGUCCUGCUACACACAUCUGGAAGGAGUUAGCGCUGCACUACAUUUCAACAGCGUCUUAUAGAUCUGUGUGUAAGGACAACAUUUUCAGUUAGAUGAGGGGAGGGUUUUCAUAUUAUACUGUACAUUGGGAAGGGAAGGGGACGGAAAUUUGGGGUUUAUAUAGAAGUGGAAUCGCCCUUGGCAGCACACACAUUUGUAAUUUUGUUACACUAUAAUGCGAGUGGGGCUAAUGGCUGCGAGGACUAACUUAUUAACGAAGAGGGAUCCCUAUUGGGAGAAAUGCUCCAUGGGCUAGAUAAAAACGUUUUUUUGUUUUGAUUUUUUGUUCAAAUUUUUAGUAGUGUGCAUUGAUUUUCUCUAAAAGUUGUGUGACAUUUUUUAUAUAUAUCUUUUCUGGACAGUUGGAUUUGAACAUGUUGCAGAUUUUGAAUGCAGGUACUUCAAUUUUAAAGGUCCAGGGUGUAGAAUUUAGUGGCAUCUAGCGGUACGGACUUGGCAGAAAUGGAAUAUAAUAUUCAUAAGUAUGUUUUAAUUAG